CAAGGGCAGGGGCAGGGCUGGGCCCCGGCAGCCACUCGGUGCUUCAUGGGUGCCCUGCCACCUCGGGCUAGGGCUGGGUGCUGCUGGCAUAGACACCUCUCCUCGGGGGGCUGUAGAAGCUGACGGUGGCUUCGCUGCACAGAGGAAGGCCGUGCCUUGGCAGGAGCAACGGGAUGUUCAAGGGGCGUUGGUCAUGGAGGUCCCUGGGAACGGAGGAAGGGGGCAGGGAGCUUGGAAAGCAAGAAGGCCCUGCACUUCCAGGGUGCUCCACCCGUCUGGGCCCCUCGGCUGCUACCAGCCCCAAGUGGGGGGCCCAUGACGCCAUAAUCCUCUGGGCCAGGGGCCCCUGGCUGUGAGUGGCACCACAGGCCCCCGCCCCCGGACUCCGUGGGCUGGGUUGGGCGCGGUGCGGCUGGGCACACGCAGUCGGAGGCGGCGCCGGCCAGGCCGCCGGGCGCCUAUGGACGCGCGGAGCCCGCUGUCUCCCCGAGCCAGUGCGUUCAGCAUCGCCUCUCUGGUUGCAGCCGAGGCGGCGGAGCGCACCGCCCACCAGGGCUCAGGGUCCUCCGACCGGGUGAAGCUUCGCUGGCUGCCAGGAUCCCCGGCAGGGAUGCACUUCAGCACCGUCACCAGGGACAUGGAAGGAAAAGAACGUCUGGGAGAGAGAGAGGAGAAACGCACGCGGGCGGGCGGCAGAGCGAGGGCCGGCCGACGGGCCCGGCGCACCGCCUUCACGGCCAGCAGCCUGAGCAGCCUGGGGGCCGCGGGGGGCUUCCCGGGCGCCGCGUCGCCCGGCGCCGACCCGUACGGCCCGCGCGAGCCCCCGCCGCCGCCGCCGCCGCCGCGCUACGACCCGUGCGCCGCCACCGCCCCCGGCGCCCCGGGCCCACCGCCGCCGCACGCCUACCCGUUUGCGCCGGCCGCCGGGGCCGCCACCAGCGCCGCCGCCGAGCCCGAGGGCCCCGGGGCCAGCUGCGCGGCCGCAGCCAAGGCGCCGGUGAAGAAGAACGCGAAGGUGGCCGGUGUGAGCGUGCAGCUAGAGAUGAAGGCGCUGUGGGACGAGUUCAACCAGCUGGGCACCGAGAUGAUCGUCACCAAGGCCGGCAGGCGGAUGUUCCCCACCUUCCAAGUGAAGCUCUUCGGCAUGGAUCCCAUGGCCGACUAUAUGCUGCUCAUGGACUUCGUGCCGGUGGACGAUAAGCGCUACCGGUACGCCUUCCACAGCUCCUCCUGGCUGGUGGCGGGGAAGGCCGACCCUGCCACACCAGGCCGCGUGCACUACCACCCCGACUCACCUGCCAAGGGCGCGCAGUGGAUGAAGCAAAUCGUGUCCUUCGACAAGCUCAAGCUGACCAACAACCUACUGGACGACAACGGCCAUAUUAUUCUGAAUUCCAUGCACAGAUACCAGCCCCGCUUCCACGUGGUCUACGUGGACCCGCGCAAAGAUAGCGAGAAAUAUGCUGAGGAGAACUUCAAAACCUUUGUGUUCGAGGAGACACGAUUCACCGCGGUCACCGCCUACCAGAACCAUCGGAUCACGCAGCUCAAGAUUGCCAGCAAUCCCUUCGCCAAAGGCUUCCGGGACUGUGACCCUGAGGACUGGCCCCGGAACCACCGGCCCGGCGCGCUGCCGCUCAUGAGCGCCUUCGCGCGCUCGCGGAACCCCGUGGCUUCCCCGACGCAGCCCAGCGGCACGGAGAAAGACGCGGCUGAGGCCCGGCGAGAAUUCGAGCGCGACGCGGGCGGGCCGGCAGUGCUCGGGGACCCGGCGCACCCUCCGCAGCUGCUGGCCCGAGUGCUAAGCCCCUCGCUGCCCGGGGCCGGCGGCGCCGGCGGCUUAGUCCCACUGCCCGGCGCGCCCGGAGGCCGGCCCAGUCCCCCGCACCCCGAGCUGCGCCUGGAGGCGCCCGGCGCAUCGGAGCCGCUGCACCACCACCCCUACAAGUAUCCGGCCGCCGCCUACGACCACUAUCUCGGGGCCAAGAGCCGGCCGGCGCCCUACCCGCUGCCCGGCCUGCGCGGCCACGGCUACCACCCGCACGCGCAUCCGCACCACCACCACCACCCCGUGAGUCCAGCCGCCGCUGCCGCCGCCGCCGCCGCUGCCGCAGCCGCCGCGGCCGCCAACAUGUACUCGUCGGCCGGAGCCGCGCCGCCCGGCUCCUACGACUACUGCCCCAGAUAACGCGGGCCCCGCCGCGCUCCCGCCCCGCUCCCGCCCCGGCCCUGCACAGCCCCGAGGUUCGCGGGGCCCGGCCACCCUGCCCCAAGGGCCAGCAAGGAAUACGUUCCCCCAGCCCCAGGGGCUACCGCGGGUCUCCCCUUCCCCAGCCUCGAAGCCAUGGGGGCCCCCUUGCCACCCCCCAGCCCCUUGGGCUAUCGAAGUAUCCGGUUCCCCAGUCCCUGGAGCCAUCGCGGGUCCUUCCCCGGCCCCGAGGGCCAAGGGGGUCCCCGCCCGCCAGUGCCAAAGCGCCCGAUCGGAGGCGGAAGGAAGUGAUAUUUAUUGUUCUCCCCGAGACCGCGUCGCCUGCGGCCCGGCCGGCAGUUGCAGUGUAGACAACCCGAGAGCCCCGCCUGCAGGCGGUGUAGAUACGUGUAGAUACUGUAGAUACUGUAGAUACUGCGCCGGCGCCGACUUGAUAAACGGUUUCGCCUCUUUUGGAA